AUGGUCAAGCGCCCGCGACUCCCCUUUCGCAUUCCUUUCUUCCGCAUCUUCUACAGCACCACUUAUACCACCCUCUUCCUCCUCAUCCUCAUCUUACUGGCCAUCACUCCCGCAUCUCUCAUCUAUACCGCCCUCAGCGCCAAUGCCUAUCAGUAUAUCUUCGAGGUCGGAGGCGUCUAUGUUCUGGUCGUCAUCUUCACCCUCUUCAUCUACUCGAGUCGACUCUACACCAACCGUUCCGUCCUCGCCGCCGUUGGCAAAUCUUGGAUUCCCGUACAGCCCGGCGAGGUCAGCAAAAAUGUUCGCAAGGNNGAGGUCGUCAAGGCUGCAAAUAGAAGCGCGAGGAUUGCAUUCGAGACCAAGCCGAGGAACCUCCAGCCUGAGCUCGCCCGCAUACAGAAACUUUCUAUCGAGUCCGACCAACAUGAGCCCAUCACUGUUGGCAAUAUAGUUCACGUUGAUCCACAAAAUCCUCCCUGGGGUCGCAUCUCCCAUCCUGGCUGGUCUUCGCCAUCUCAACUCGAUGCCAAUCUGGCCCCACACAUUCAGUUCCGCACUGUUGUCAUGGAGUUGCCAAAUCUCAUCGAAGCCCGUGCUGUUUCAUUGGCCCCUCCCGAUUCGUCCUUCAACCCUCCUGCGCAGGAAGCCACUGUCACAGCCGAUUCACGAGUUGUAGACCUGCUCUCGAGAAAGCCUACAGCCGAUAUGCGCUCAUACCUGGCUCAACUUUCUGCUCUUGGUCUAGUCCCACCCGACGUUGGUCAAGACUUUGUUCAACGCUACGAGCAUGCUCGUUUCUCUCCAAUACCCAUCCAAGAGGACGAAUUUGAGCGUCUCAUGUCCGUCUUUGCCACUUUACUUGCCAACAUGAACCAGCUACCACCUCGAGUCUUGGAACUGGCCCAAGCCGGCUCGGAAGUCUCCUCUGAUAAUUCGAGCUUAUCUUCUAUUUCUUCCCGGAGCGAUAGUAUUUCCUCCUCCAUUGCUGGAUCCGUCUUCCGCGCUCGCACGCCUGGUUCAAGACUACCGUCUUUCUACACCCCGCGCGCAUCAAUGUCUGUCGCCCGCACACCUUCUCCAAACACUCGCCGUACCGCUCCAUUCUCAACACCUCGACCACAAACUGCACAAACCGCCAACACUGUCUACCGUACGCCUUCUCAACAAACCAUUUCAACCAUGAACUCGGUUCGUAGAACGGUACCGAGGGAGCCACAGACUAUGGUCGACGGCAACGGCUCGCCUGCAGCCAGCCUACAUCGACUAGAGAGCUACGCAAGUGGACAGAGUGUCAUUCGCACACCACUCCCGUCUAGCUCUGCUACAUCCUACUAUGGGUGA